ACAACAUGGUACGCGGCAUAUCGCUGUUCCACUUGACCCUCGCAGUCGUUAUGCUCAGGAGUCCGGCCCUCAUUGCCAAUCAAGGCAUUGUCCUCGUCCUGGCGCAGUCGAUGGAACUCCCUAUACCCCGCGAUUUCAGCAAACCGUCUGCGGCCACGGCCUUCUUAGCCGUUCUCUUCGCCUUUCUCGGCCUCAGCGACUUGACCACGCUGUCGCUGCAUGAGCAAAUCUACGACGAGUACUGGGGCCUCCAGGCACCCGUGCGCCUUCUCUUCCUCUUUGGCAUCACCGGGUAUUCAUACACAUUCAAGGAGGGCGGUCUCUUUGGGGCAAAGGGUGCCGACUACAGGGCAAGCGCUGGUGCAAGCUUGUGCAAUGGCCUCGUCUUCAGCUGGGGCUUCUUGGAGGUGGCCGUGUGGUUUUGGAUAUACUCUACGCUGAGGGAGGAGAGGAUGGAGAAGGCAAAGAUAGCUGCUGAGAAGCAGGCUAGGGAGGACAAGCAGUUGUAGGUGGUCGAUGAAAUGAUUCUGGAAAGGCAGUUGUGAAGGACUGGCGGUCCAUAGAGGCGAACAAAGUAUAGAUUUCCUAAAAGUACGGCGCAGCGAGUUUGAUUGAUCUUUUGGUUUACUGCUACAGGUUACUUACGCAUUAGUUACCCCUCCUAGACUAGACUUGUCACGAACGAGACAUGAAUAGACUUAUUCUUAUCGCAUCUUGGGCGCG